AUGGGCAUCAGGGAGGUAAGAACAUCCUUCUGUGAAUAUAGGAGGCAGCCAAAUUGGAUUUAUUUUGAUAGAGUUCACCCACAACUCCCUUCCUAUUGUGUAGUUGACGUCCACCUGUUUCCCCCUGUAACAAUCCAUCUACGUGUCCAUCUAUACACUUGAUCAGUCAUUUCUGUCAGUAGGUUCUGUCCUUUUCACCUUUUCUGAUCCCUCAACACAUUUUUUGCUUCAGUUCAUCUGGCUACUUUGAAAACGUUUGCCAAAUCCAAAACAGAGACCAUGGCUGCUAACAAACAGUAGACUUAACAAUGCAGACAGCAUAUUUUCCUCAGGGCCAGUAUAAGUUCAGAAUCGGAAAAGAAAUGUUUGAAGUAGCUAGCAGAUACUGUACCCGACGGAAGGUACGGAAUCAUUUUUGUCAAGGGAUGUUUUUAAAAAUCAGGUGCCCCACACUGGUGUCCCUUAAAUCAAGUUCUGAGUCACUAGCUGAAGACCAAUAGGAUAGCUAGAUGGAUUUGAUAGCCUGUUAUUGUGACUUAAAUUGACUGAAAACCUUGUGUGUCAUUCCAGUUUGUGAUGCCAAUUCUUUCGUUGUUGUUUUCUUGCGUAACACACAAAAGGCUACAUGCAUCUUUCUUCUUCUUUGGUGAUCACUUGUGGCCGAGUAAGAUUGUCUUCCAUAAACACAGUUUUAAAAGUGAGUCCGUAAGUGACUGUGGAGGCCAAUUCUGGAUCCACGCAUCCUUUCACAGUGGGGACAUACGUUUCCAGGUGGGAGUUGAUCAUGGUGAGGGUUUGCCAAGCAUGCCUUCCUCUUAGCGCCUUUCUCCCUUUCAUCCUGAGUUUGAGCAUCUUCAAAACCCAUGACACCUUUGGUAAAGGCUGUUCUCCAACUGGAGCGCUCACAGGCCAGUGUUCCCAGUUGUUAGUGUUUAGACUACAUUUUAAAAAGAUUUUCCUUGAGAGAGUCUUUGAACCUCUUUUGCUGACCACCAGCAUUACUGUGAUGGCCUGGGAUUUGGACUCGGAGGCUGAACCUGAGGAAUCCCAGCCUGCACAGGAUUCCCCGCCUCCAGCUGAGCCGGGGCUGGGGCUUGAGCCUGAAGGGUCCUCACCUGUGCUGGAUCCUCAGGUGCAGGCACCAGCUGAGUCUGCUCUGGCUCCUGAGGUGAUGGAGGACCCAUUGCCUGCAGGUGCUCCACUCUCAGCCCCGUCAGAGGAAGCUGAGGUUGCCUCUGGGUCCGGUAACCCUCCAGCCUCUCCUGAGCUGCAGAGGCUCAGGACAGAGAGGCGGAGGGAACUAAGUUCCUGCAGGAGGAGUGCUCACCUCCGGGCCAGGAGAGGCGAGUCACCUGUGGACUGGGGCCACCCUAUGCCUCGGGGCAGAUAAAAGUCAGCCAGCCCCAGGCCCAAGUUGCGGGAGCAACGUUGUUGGUAGCCAUUUCCUGCCUGAACCCUGUCCUGCCGGAUUUUCUGACCUCACCCGACUCCCUGCUUUGGACCCAGCUUCAUCUUUGAUGGAUGACCUCAAUACUGCACCCUCAACCUCGGACUGGACUCGGACCUUGCCUCACGGAAACCCACAGGACCAGCACAAUUACGCUUUCCAUUUUUAAGUUUGGAGUAGAGUAGUUGCUUUGGAAGACGAUAAUCAGGCAUUCGCAGAACAAACACCAUGGUGUGCAUAAGGGGUUGGAGGGGGAGAUUCCUAAUUCUGUUGGCCAAUAGAGCACAGGUUGUGUUUUCAAAGUCAAUAUACCUUUGACUGCCAGAUACUGGCGACAACUAUGGGAUGGCUAUGCCACCAAAAAGCGUUCUUUUGUGAACACCCUUUGACAUUGUUUGGCCACUGGUGGGACUCCUGAAUGGUCCCUUGUUCUCACUAAGCCGUGAUUCUUAGGUUAUAUUUGCACAUACUGUGUUUCCGCAGUGCAUGAGAUCAAUGGAUCCCUCACUGAGAUGCCGUUUAAUUAUAUUUCUAUGCUGCCAGCAACACAAGGAGCUCAGAGUAUCCCCUCCCUCUUGUACCAUCAAUUUCAUCUUCACAGUAACCCUUGAGGUAGGUUAGUCAGACUGAGAGAGAGAGUUACUGACCCAAGGAUCACUCAGUGAACUUCAUGGCCAGGUGAGGAGUUAAACCCAAGGUCUCCUUGGUUCCAUUUGACACUGACCACAACACCAUGCUGGCCUCCGUUAUCUUAGUGCUUGAUUUCUCUUACCAUAUUUAUUCUGGUGGUUCAGUAGACAUGGGGCUGAGCCUACAUAUUUACUCCCCAGGAUCAAUCCUCUGCCAGUUGGGGGUUUUAGAGAAAGGUCCAGAAGGAUGUUAUGGUCGAUGGUGUCAAAAGCCGCUGAGAGAUCCAGCAGAACUAGGAAAGAAGCUCUCACCUUUGUCCCUGGCCCGCCGGAGAUCAUCAACCAGUGCGACCAAGGCAGUUUCAGUCCCAUGAUGAGGCCUGAAUCCCGACUGGAAGGGAUCCAAAUGGUCCACUUAUUCCAGAUGUGCCUGGAGUUGUUCAGCAACCACUUGCUCAAUCACCUUGCCCAAGAAUGGAAGAUUUGAGACUGGGCGAUAGUUGGCCAUAUUGGCAGCAUCUAAAGAUGGUUUUUUAAGAAGCGGUUUGAUAAUCGCCUGGGUCUGGGAAGGCUCCCUCACAGAGAGAAGCAUUCACCACCCCGCGAAGCCCAUCGCCCAGCUCUUCCCAGCUAGCUUUUAUAAGCCAGGAUGGGCAAGGAUCAAGGAGACAGGUGGUCCACAUCCUUGGAGGUAACAGAUUGGAAUUGAUCCCAUGUAACAGGACUAGACAGAACUCUAGCACUCUCCCGCCCCAGCCCUGCUCCCACGGUGGAGAGCAUGUAGAGAAUGGCUUGCAUUAGCAGUUCAGAUGGUUGUAGUGGCCCAUUCCUGGAACAAGCAGAGUCUUCUGUGUCCAUCUGCAGGUGAUAACGUCCCUUGACUCUUCCUUCUUCCCUCAACUCCAGGAACUGCAGAGCCGCCAGUUCUGGUGCCGCCUGCUGGCAGAGGCAGGAGGCACCCUGAUCUUCGUUUGGGUGGUGCUGGGCGCCUCAUCCCCUGUGAGCCCCAAAGAGGUGCUUCCUUCCCCACUUCAGCCAGCCCUUGCUGCAGGGCUGGUAGCUGUCAGCUUGGCUCACUGCUUUGGCGACAUCAGCGGUGCCCAAGUCAACCCGGCGCUCACGGUGGCCUUCCUCUGCACCCGCAAACUGGACGCUCUUCACGCAGCAAGCUAUAUCCUGGCCCAGUGCUUGGGUGCCAUCUUAGCUUCAGGUGUCUUCUACCUUGUGUUGCCCACCUCAGCUGUGGGGCAAUUGGUCACCAAGGUGAGUAAGCUACACUCCUUUCUCCCUCCUUCUUUAGGACUCCCUCCCCAUGAGGCAUCUGCCUCUCAACUUUAACUCUGCCCACUUUAGCCAGGAAUAGAAAUAAAAUAGAGUAGCCAUAUUUGGAAGAGCAAAAAAUGAGGACGCAAUGGAUAAAGUAAUUUACAAUUGUUAUUUUUUGUGUGAAAAAUCAAUAAAUAAGAUUUACCCAAGGGGGAAAAAAGGAACAUCCUAAGAAAAGCAGGACAUUCCAGGAUCAAAUAAGAAACUGGGAUGACUUCUGUAAAUCUGGGACUGUCCUUAGGAAAUAGGGACACUUAGAGGGUCUGUGUCAGGAAUGAGCCAGCUCCAAGCGAAGGUUUACAGCCAACUGCUGAAAGCAGCCAGGAGCAGAGAAGCUUAGAUGUUAGGCAGAGGAGAUCCGGCAGCUGCAGACUUCGGCUCUUCGUGACCUUGACGAUUUGGUUGAUAAGGCAGUAGCUGAGAGCAGGCUAGAACACAGCCAAAGCUCGCAGGAAGUACAAAAAGGCGCAAAUAGAGACAGCCUCUCAAAAAAGGAAGAGGUUGGAGCUGAUCCACUAAGUCCGAAGAGUCAGUGAAUGGGAGGGCUGCUAGACAGGAAGCAAAACAAGAGACGUAAGGGUCGUAAAUUCAAUAUCUUCUGUCGCCACCAGAAGUUUUCAGAAGGGUCACCUUGAGUAAUAAUGCCAGAGGCUUUGUUAGAGUCGUCCGGAGCUAUCUGUUUGUUUUUGCAAAAAAUCCUCCAUUUUAAUUACCUACGCUUACUGUGUUAUCAAGCUGAGAACCUGGACUCUUGACAGUCUGGGCCUGUGGCGGGUCUUGAAUUUAAAUGGGUGACGUUAGAAAUGUUACAAUGGGAGUCCAGCUGAGUGUCUUCAUCCCUCUCUGGGCAAUGAAGGGAACUACAGCCAAGGAACUACCUGGUACCAACAAGUAGAUGAUUCUAGAAGAGCUUCCAAGGAAGCGCUGGUGGCUGUUCUGAGCAAAUUGGAAGCCUUGCUGGCUGCAUGGGACCAUUGCUUUCCUCAUGCUCCAACUUUGCCACUCCCUGCCUUUAGCUGUUGACUUGCUGACCACAUGCCAGCAGCCCACUGCCCACUUAGGCUACAAGUGACCCCUUUUUCUGCCAACUGCCCAGUUCUUGUCUCAAACUAUCUCUUGAAACAACAGGUCCUUUUGGAUUUUCUUUCCCACCAACCAACGUCAAAAGCCACUUCGUUUCACACCAUUACAGACAUUAAAUCCAUAUAUAUAUAUUUUUUUAAAUGUAUUUUCUCUUGUCUUUUAGCUAUGCAUGUGUAUAGCUGCAAAGGAGACAAUGCCCAAGUAAAUAGUUAUGUGGCGAUAAAUAAUAAUAAUAAUUAUUAUUAUUAUUAUUUAUACCCCGCCCUCCCCAGCCAAGGCCGGGCUCAGGGCGGCUAACAAGCAAUAAUAAAAAGAAGUUGAAUGAAUACAACUUAAAAACAAGAUUAAAAUACAACCUUAAAACAUUAAAAUGCAAGAGGGGAAAGGAAAAGAAAACAGAGAGGGAGGGAAUCAAACUGGCUCCAAGCAAAAGGCCGGCGGAACAACUCUGUCUUACCGGUCCUGCGGAAAGAAAUCAGAUCCUGCAGGGCCCUGGUCUCAUGAGACAGAGCGUUCCACCAGGCCGGAGCCAGUGUUGAAAAGGCCCUGGCUCUGGUUGAAGCUAAUCUGACUUCCUUAGGGCCCGGGACCUCAAGGGUGUUGCUAUUUAUGGACCUUGAGGCUCUCCGUGGGGCAUACCGGGAGAGGCGGUCCCGUAGGUAAAUAGUAGCCAUCUCGAAGUUGUCUCAGAUGCAGAACUAAGAUAGCAGAAGUUACCAUAUUGGUAACGUGACUUAUAAUAUUAUCCUCCAUUUGUGACAGUUUUAAAAGAAAUGCACUCUGUCUGCUUUGUGUUUUUUUAUGUUGUUAUUUGGACUCCGCAUCGUGAAUGCAAAAAGUAUUCUCCCCAACCUUCUCCCCCAAUGAAGGUUUUAAACACAUGCAAAGAUUACCCAGCUGCCAGGAACAUGCUGGGGUCGAACAGUGGCGCAUAUAGAAUUGGUUUUAAAUGAAGUCAUAGAAUUUGGGGGGAGGGGUUCCUCAGAGCUGAUCAAGUCCACUCACAUGCUGAGAGCAGCAGGAAGACCAGCUGGUUGAAGACAUUACGCAGUGUACUAACACUUUCAACAUAAAAACAGUUCGAACUGCAAUAUUUCAGGUCAGCAGCGAAGGAAACGCUGGACAGGCCUUGGGAAUGGAAGCCUUUUCCACUUUCCAGCUAGCUCUAACCAUCUUUGCUGUAGAAGACCAUCGGAGGCGUGAGUUGGGUGAGCCUGGAAUCUUGGCCAUUGGCUUCUCUGUAAUUGCAGGAGCACUAGCUGCGGUAAGAGCCUUUGCUUGUGGUUUAUAAAGUCCAGAUUGAUUGAAGGUUUUGUUGCUAGAAGCCUGGGGCCAGCAUCACAAGUUGCCCACGACUGAAGGCUGAUUUUUAACGUCAUUCCCCCACUUCCCCUGGUGUUUCAGAUGAUAGCAUCCCUUCUACUGUUUCAUAAGACGCAUGGAAUGUCAGGUUGAAUUACAGUGGCACCUUGGCUGUUGAACUUAAUCCAUUCCGGGAGUCUGUUUGGAACCAUUCGAAAACCAAGGCACAGCUUCUGAUUGGCUGCAGGAGCUUCCUGCACUCCAUUGGAAGCCGCAGAAGCCGCGUUGGAAGUUCGGCUUUCAAAAAACGUUCGCAAACCGGAACACUCACUUCCAGGUUUGCAGCGUUCAGGAGCUGAUUUUUUUGAGAGCCAAGCCAUUCGACAACCAAGAUACCACUGUACUUAAACAGAGCAAUAUCCUAGUCCUCAUGACUUCAGAAAACAAUAUAUAUACAGUGGAACCUCUACUUACCACCAUAAUCUGUUCCAGCAGUCCGUCCUUUAGGCGAAAUGGUUCGCUGAUAGAAGUGCCGUUGUGCGCAUGUGCAGACGGCAGCAGCCACUUCUGUGCAUGCACGAGUCACGGCAAACCUGGUAUUUACUUCUGGGUUUGCCACGGUCGCGACUUGGAUUGUGCUCAAGUAGAGGCGGUCGUAAGUAGAGGUUCUAGUGCAAUUUAUUUAUUAUUAUUAUUUUAAAUGAUAUUUAUUGGAAUUUUUUUUUUUUUUAGAGUUACAAAAGAAAACAAAGUAGAAAAAGAACAAAGAAAAAACAAAGAAAAACACAAACCACAUCCAACACCACAAAUUCAAAAAAACCCCCAAAAAUACACCGCAAACAUUUAAAAACAAAUCCAUUAUUCUCAAAUCCUCAACUGUCAUUACCUUCUUUCUUUGACCUCCUCCUCCUCCCUUUUUUUGUAUCCUAGUUAUUAAUUGUUGCAGCAAAUCCUUUCCAUAUUUCAUAAAAUUCUGUCAUUACAUUACUUUAAACUAUUUUAAUCUUAUCUUACUAUAAAAAACCUUGAAACUUAAAACUUAAAUCUUAUUUUUACCAGCUUCUCAUAACCAUAAUAUUCUUACAUAAUUCUUUAAACAUUUUUACUAAAGCCAAGUAAUUUCAUUCCAACAUUUUUCUAACAUUCAUCAAUUUUAUAAAACAAUCCUAGUAGUAGAAAAAGAAAUAAAAACAAUCCAAUCUUCACCCAGCGUCCCUUCCUCCUGGUCCCGGGUUUUGUCAGUCCUUAUUAUCCCAUCGAUCUAGCGCAUUAACCUGGUAACCUUAUAUCCGAGGCCCUUAAGUCUCUUCCAUGUCCCUUCCGCAGCUCUUCUUCAUAUUUGUAACUGUAUUUUCCCUUGUCUCCUGCUCGUUUCACUCGUGGGAACUCCAGCUUAACAAUAUUUUUGACCCUUCUCGACAGAUCAGCCCCUUUUCCAUAAUCCACACUCAAUUCCAUGUGGUAUUUAAGAACAUGUUUCAAAAUCCCUCCAAAAUGAGGAGCCCUCACAAUCCCAGACAUCUCAUGGCCCAUUGCCAGACUUGAAAAGUCCAAACAUCCCUGCAUAGGGGGGUCUAUCCAGCCCCCCAUUUCCAAACCAAACCAAACUUUUUCUUUCCAAAUCUGGCUUUUUCCAAGUUCAUUUGUCAAAUCCGAAAGCUCAUGUUCCUGUUGGGCCUGUUCUGUCAGGGCACACUCCUGAUUUAAUUCCUGGGUGGGCUCCACAUAUUUUCCCACUGCCUGUUCAAAAUUUCCCACUGCCUGUUCAAAAUUUCUAAUCGAAUCAGCCAUUAAAUUCGUCUUCUCAUGUAGCUGUUCCAGUAGGGCAUUUGUUUUAUAGAAAGCACACAACAGAGCUUCUGAAUACAUUGUCCUGCAAGGUCAGAUGUCUAUUCCCACGAUUGUAAUCUGUAACAGCUGCCAGCUCCCGGAGUUGGUUACAGUUUCACAGUCUCCCUCUAGGGGAAAACUUCUAUUUGUUCUUUCUUUUAAAGACAAGUCUAGCAACAAAAGUUUCCUUUUUCAGAUAUUUUGUCAAUAUUUGUUCCUUUAAGAAGCGAAGGGGAACAAUGGAGUCAAAGUUUCUCUUCUUAUAGCUAUCUGUCAAAAACGUUGUCUCUGGUCAAUGAGCUUCAAAAAACGUCAGUCCUAACACCCCGCUCCAGGAUCAGGACGGUGGAAAGUUACUUUACUUUACCCUCACUUCUGCAGGUUUAAACAGUCCGAAAAAUCCCCCUCUUCUCCUGCUUCCGAAGAGGGUUCAACAAUUUUAAAUGAUGAAAGUUAAUCUUUUACAGGCGAUUUUCUGAGCUCUAGUUUGCCAUGUCUUUGCUUUAAUGUAUCUACAAAGAAACGGAAGGCUGACUUCCUGUUUAGACCUUCCCGUUUCAGCGCCAAAUUAAGGUAAACUUUUAAGUCCAAUUUUCCUUUCUGCUCACAAGUCCUUAUUUAGAAUCCAAUUGUCCGAGUUUAGGUACUCACGGGUGAUUAUUUUAGAAGCCAGAUUGUCCCAGGAAAAGGCAGCGCUCUCCGGCAACGGCUGUGCGGCUUCGCUCCACGGAAGAAGCAGUUGACUCUCAGCACCGCGCCACUUCCCCCUCUUCGCUCCGGAGCCCGUUAAUGGGUUCUUUUGCGGGUUGGGGGGGCGCUAAGGGUGCCCGCCGAGUCCCAUGGUCACAGGCUUCAUCCGCCUGUGAUUUUUGAAUGGGUCCCCGCUUCGCCGUAGCGGAAAAGACCCGAUUCCCGUGGAGCUGGUCCCUCCAGUUCAGAGGGAAUCCGCCAUUGCCGAUGGCGCCACCCCGGAAGUCCGGUUCUAGUGCAAUUUAAAAGAUGCUCUAUCUGCAAAGCUUUGGCUACAUUGGCUUUGUAAUUGAUGUACCCCCCAAAGAACAAUCUUAUAUUCUUUGUAUGGCUGGCUAUACCCUUCCAUGUCAGCCAAGUGAUUGUGACUGAAAACUGGAGAUUGAAGGAAUCAUGCAAUCUUGGCUGGAUAAAGAAAGAGUAAGCUCAGGCCUGAAGCAGGGAAUUGAUUUUAACAGCUGCACACACAGCACUGCGUUCAGUCCUGCUGCACAAAGGAGGGCUUACAAAUCAGAAAGUACACUGAAACCAACACUGGCACACACAGAAAAAGUUUGUAAGGAAAUAUAUGCAUAUUUGCACAAUGGAUUCAGAUCACAGAAUGUGGGGGUUCUGGCUGAAGAAUCAGGGUUUUUCUUUGUGUUUGUGGUUUGCAGAAACCUUUACUAGUACUUUACUAGUACUAGUACUGUAAUUCGGGAGUGAAGCAAAUUUAAUGCCAAUGGUUGGGAACAGAUUUUGAGACCCUAUGGGCAGGGGGACUUACUUCUAUGUAGCACCUAGCACAUAUUAAGUCAUUUAUGAACAAUAGAUGAUGUUCAGCAAGACACACUCUUGGUUGUUUUUGAGAUAAUGACAACAAACUAACGCACAGAACAAUCAGUCCAAAGGAGGGAGAUGGACCACCACUGACUAUGCCAUUACAAUAUCUCUGCAGGGCACGUUCUCCGGAGGCAGUAUGAACCCAGCUCGGUCCCUGGGACCAGCUGUCGUGACAGGAAUCUGGGAACAUCACUGGGUAAGUGGAUGGAGGAGAGCCUUUUGAGAGGCGAGUGGUUCUUUGUUCUCCCCCUUUUCUGACUUCAUGUAUUUCAGCUGGCCCUCAGUGCUCCAGUUUUUUCCCUUCAAGCUUUUCUGGCUUAGUGUAAUUAUUUUUCAUUUUAAAAAUAUUCUUUAUUGAAAAAUAAAAAUAUACAGAAUUACAAGUGCGCCAAGUAAGAUAAGACACACACACACACGCAAAAAGAAGAAACAGGAAAUACAGUGGUACCUCUGGUUACAUACGUUUCAGGUUACAUACGCUUCAGGUUACAGACUCCGUUAACCCAGAAAUAGUGUUUCAGGUUAAGAACUUUGCUUCAGGAUGAGAACAGAAAUCGUGCUCUGGCGGCGCGGCGGCAGCAGGAGGCCCCAUUAGCUAAAGUGGUGCUUCAGGUUAAGAACAGUUUCAGGUUAAGUACAGACCUCUGGAACGUAUUAAGUACUUAACCUGAGGUAUCACUGUAGUACCCAUGUAGAAAACAAAACAGAAAAACAACAAAAAGCACAUUGUGUGCCUUACAAAAAAAAGGGAGAAAUUGUUAUUGUAGUUAACAAUUGUAGUUAAUGUAUUUUAGUUGGCCCUCAGUGCUCCUGGUUAUUAUUAUUAUUAUUAUUAUUAUUAUUAUUAUUAUUAUUAAAACUGCCUGAGGUGCCAACUUGAAUAAAAUAUUGGUGGGGGCAGGUAAGCCCUGACCCACAUAAUCGAUCACAUGAUACGACGCACAUACUCCAUUUGAAUGGCAAUGUGCAUGAACUUGGGGGGAGGCCCCCUCAAAUAUUUUAUUGGAGGGGCUGAAAGUACCUCAAGCCCCUAGGAGUUGGCUCCUGUGAAGGCUGCUUAGAAACCCUGAGUGUUGCGAUUCCCUGCCUCUCUUGGGAUCCCACCAAGUUGAUUCAGUCACUUUAAAACUGCCUCCCUUUAACUCAUCCUUUCGGGCCUACUUCUCUAUCCUCAAGGAUGAGACAGGUGCUUUAGCUUGCCUCUUUUGCUCUCGCUCUCCUCCCCUCCUUCCAGGUGUACUGGCUCGGCCCCAUCCUUGGAGCAGUCCUCGCCGGUGUCUCCUAUGAAUUCUUCUUUGCCAACAACGCUUCGCGGGAGAAGCUGGUUGCCUGCCUGACCUGCCGCGACAUAGAGAUCGUGGAGGCAGCCAGCAUGUCUCGUUCUUCUGUCUCCGCCGCUGCCAAGCCGCCUUGCAAUGGGGAACACAGCACCGAAUAG